CAGCAAUCGUUUAUGUACGGAAAACAGAUGCCAAAACUUACCUGAAGCACUCGAAGUCGGAGGACCAUUGCGAAGGGAUAGGUUUUGGGCUCUGGUUAAUUAACGAUACCAUUCCUGUAUAAAAAGCCACGGUGUAAGCCUCAAAAGCAUCCACAGCUCACUGAUCGUUCAUAUAGUUAUAAAUUGUCUAUAAACUAUCAAGCACCAUGAUGUCGAAAUUUUCUGGAGUACUAGCGGUGGUGAUUCUUGUUCAGUAUGUGAUUGCUGACGAUGCACCUGUAGGAGAUGGAAAAAAUACAAUCACAAUAAAUUGUACACCUUCUGUUGACUUAAAUAAUGUGAAGUUUGCUACGUUCCAAGAUGUAAUUGAUAAAAAUCCAAAAGUGAAAGGUAUCUCAGAAUUGAAACCAUAUUACCUGAAAUGGAAACCAGAUCCAAACGACGCUAGUUUAAGGGGAAACUUCUUUACGGAGUUGGACGCUGUGUACAAGGGGAAACUAGAUAUUUACGAACCAUUUAGAAGCCUGGUUUUAACUACAGACAAAGGGUUGAACGGUGGUACUUCUAGUAUUCCUGACAACUGUACGGAUUAGACCCCAAUAUAGACAAGCACCUUUUUCCAUGUUUCUUUUUGUCUUUCUUUUAAGUAAUAUCUAUUAUUAAUGUAUUACACUUUACCACCACUCCGAAAACACAAUAUUUGUUA